ACCGAGUACGCGCGCAGAAUGCCCGUCUAAAAAAUUACGAGUGUGUAGACGAUUUUUUUGUGUUAGUGCUAAUUUGUGGAUUAUAAAGAUUUAAAAUGGUGUUCGGAGCGAAGAAGGCGCUACAGCAGGUGCCUAGCAGGAGUAGAAUAUCGCUUAUGAAGAUACAAAAUUUCACUGUACAAAAAAGGCAAUCUGUGGUGACAUUGGUGUAUGGCACUCUGAUGAUCGUUCUUGGCCUGGUGUCAGUUCUGAUUGAUCCAGUCGCAUUGUUUGCGAAUUGGUUUACAGAAAUAAGAGAAGGAAACUUCGUUUACAACAUGUGGUCAAAUCCUACGUAUAAAGUAUAUUCUGACGUGUACAUCUUCAACUACACCAACAUCGACCAGUACCUGAGAGGAGAGGAGAAACUAAAAUUGACAGAAUUAGGACCGUACAAGUUUCAAGAGUUGCGAACUAACGAGAAUAUCACCAUAGACAAAGAGCGAGGAGUGAUGACAAUGAAACCGAAGAUUAAACUCAAGUUCUUGUCGGAGCAGUCAGUGGGACAGUACAAUGACAGCAUUGUUGUGCCUAAUAUCGCCUUGAUUGCUAUCAGCACACUCCUCGCAGACCAGGGUUUGGGCUUUAUAACCAACACAGCCGCUUAUUACACCAUGACGGCUCUGGGAUCCAAGCUUUUCAGGCCAAUGCCAGCAGGUGAUUUCCUCUGGGGCUACGACGAUCCCCUAGUGAAGGUUGCCAGUAAAUUGGUCCCUGGGUGGAUCGAUUUUGGCAAGAUCGGAAUUAUGGAUAGAUUUUACGCUCAAAGAAAUGAUGAAGUCGAAGUGGAGUUGAAGGACACCAGCAAGAGGUACUCCAUUAACACAUGGAAUAGUCAGCCUGGCCUUAGAGAACAGGGUUUUUCGUCAAUUAACACAAGCAUUCCCUGUAACCGGUUACAAGGAACCUACGAAGGUCUGAUGCUACCACCUGGCUUCAACAGCACUGUACUCCCAGUUUUUAGGAAGCAAGCUUGCAGAGUCUACCCUUUCGUAUAUAAGGAGGAAGUACUUGGAUCCUCAGGAAUUCCACUAACUAGAUACAAGAUGGAAGAUUCGGCUUUUAACAAAACGAAUCCUUACGCUUGUAAAUGCACGACUAACUGCCUGCCUGAUGGUUUUGUGGAUAUUGGCAGUUGCUAUUAUGGUUUCCCUAUAGCCUUAUCAAAGCCUCAUUUCUUGGACACUGAUCCUGAACAGCAAAAACUGUAUGAGGGUAUGAAACCAGAUCCCCUGCUUCAUUCUUCGCAUGUGGAUUUGGAAACGAAAAUUGGUGUACCAAUGGCUUUAAGUACGAAGUUGCAAGUGAACAUCGCUGUGAGGAUGGCAACGGGAAAUCCCAUCACCAAGCCAUUAAAAGAUAUGGUCGUACCACUUAUGUGGCUGACACUAUACUGCAACGAACCACCCCCAGAAGUAGUGACUCUGCUUCGAAUGCGGUUCAUUUUUGCACCACCACUAGCUCUUACUCUUGAAAUCCUCCUCAUUGUUAUCGGAAGUACUCUGGUGCUCCAUGGUAUUUAUCGGCUCCGGAACCCAAAAUAUCAACUCAUCCAGGCUCAAGAUACAAAAAAGAAUGAGAAACGGAUAAACCACAGUGUAUUGGAAAGACGAAAAAGUAGUCUAACAUUAAAUAUGGCUGACACGUUCAAUGAUGAUGAAAUGGCGAAGGAAGCUGUUUCCUUGUUAGCUAUUAAGGAAGAAGAUUUGCCGGAUUUAUUGAUGGGUGAAACAAUUGAUUAUGAAGACAGGUUUUCUGAAUAAUGUUUAGAAGUACUUUAGUAACAUUAGUCCUUCCUAUGAGCCAGGUUUUGUAGCAUUGGUCUCCAUUCGAAGUCUUCGGAGCUAUCGGGUCAUGUCGUCACUUUGGUGUACAUUUUCUAUUUUUGACAUAUGUUUUAAUAUAGAUUUUAAGCGGCCUUUAAUUUUAUACUUGCCGUAAAGUUAUAUCUUGCCUUUUGAACCUCUUUAAAAAAAAUUAAGUAAUUAAUAAUUAUAGACUACACUGAAUUGCUCAUUUAGUUUAAGACACAACGAUGUCAAUACGAUAUUUAGUAUAGUUAUAUUUUUUUGUAUAUUUUAAUUAUUAUGAAAGACGAUGCCUUAAAAAGAUUUUACAUAUUUAAAGUUACUUUUAGUUCGGAGCAGAGUUAAUGUCAGCCUCGAAGUCGUAGGUUUUAUACCCAGCUGUCCAACCGUUUCCAUGUACGCAUUUAACAUUCGCUCGAACGGUGAAGGAAAACAUCGCGAGGAAAACGGCUUGCCACACAAUAUCACCUACUUGCCUAUAUACUGACAAAGACCUAGGAAACUGACAUAAUUAUUUGGUUCAUUGAUAAAAAUUUAUUUAUAGGCAGGGUAGGGGUAGUAGUAGUAGUAGGGUGUUAUACUUGUGUAUAACAAAGCCAUUCCCAGCAUUUUAUUUUAAUGUGUUGUUGUAUUGUGUACCUAGCAAAUUUAAUUGACAUCUACAUAUUUUUGCAUUUGUACAGUCGAUUUGUAAACUAAGUAUUCAAUAUAAAUGAAAUUAUAUACAUUUCAAUGUCAAUGUACAUAUACAUCUUUAUUAUAUCAAUCAUAUGAAACGUGUUUAUUUCUUGAUUUUAAAAUUGUAUCUUUUUAACUCAAUUGGUAGCAUUAACUUCGCCUGGAAUUUACAGUAGCAUACAUUAUGACCGAAUCGUUAACUAAAGAACUUUAAUAAUAAUAGUAUUUUUGUUACGAAAUGUAAUUUAAUAUUGGCGUGGUGGAAUAAGUUUAAUAUUUUGUAUUAAUGAU